AUGACGAGCCUGCAGAGGUCGGCUACUGCGGUAAAACGAGCCGCAGCGUCCCAGACAUCUUCAAAGCAAGCCGACGAACCCAUCUUUCUCGAUCCAUCCGACGAUACCACGUUUCAGUCUCUCAAAAAGCUUCUCUCUGCCCCUUCGUCGAGCACUCAACAUCUCAGCUUGCUCUCGGACAGCACCUUGUACGGUAGCAUCACCUUCUACUUGAGCAAGCUCGAGCUCGAACAUGUCGCCGAGUUUGCCGGUGUGAUCAGCUCCAGCGGUUGUCUCUGGACGCCUCCACCUCCGGCUAACAGGCCUCCGUCGGCAGCCAAGUCUGGCACCACAUCCGAAAAAGUCACCUGGACAUCAGAACCUGGAUCUUCCUCCAGCUCCUCAGACAAAUCAGUCGAGGUCAAGUCAAGUCCGAACCUGGCACCAAGCUCAUUGAGCUCCUUCUUGAUCUCACGAUCCACUAGCGUCUCGCAAGCUGUAGCUGCGGCGCUGACAAAGCGAGUGGAUCUCAUCGUCCGGUCCAAGAAGAACUCGACCGGAUGGGCUACCCGUUCGGCUCUGUCGCACUACCUCAAUGCGGUCAUCCAAGGUAUCGAUGACACAGAGCGAGAUUCUACGCCAGAGUCCUACCGAGCAGCAAGAGGUUUGCCUAUUCCUCGCUUCGCCAUCAUCGGCGGUCUGCUCAACGCUCUCUACAUUCUCAAAGACCAACGCAAGCGUACAAGAGACAUGUCGAUCCUGGAGGAGAUGGCUGCGCUGCGAGCCAACCCUUCGCUCGGUCUGAGCGUUCGAAGACCUCUCAGCACCAUACAGGACGAGUGGAUCGUGACCCUCGCCGAGAUCCUCGAUCAUCUAUACGCUCGAACCACACCGUCUCCUGGCUCAGACGUUGCUGACGCAAGCGCUCGAGACGAUAGCGAUGUCGACGAGUGGGAGGUCGAGUUCCGCAAACGCACCGCAUCGGUCGCAGGUCCGGCAAGCAUAACUUCGCUCGCAUCCAAACGAACCCUACGAGCUGCACUGAGCGACGUCCGCGAUGUGCCCCUCUACAUGGCCGCUCAGCUGGCACCGCUGGUGCCCGAUCGAAAGAUCCACGCGCUGGAUCCUGUUCAAUUGACUUCGGCUACCAGCGACGCCAUCCUUUCGCUGUUCGAGGGGCCAGAUGGCUCCUCUUUCCUCUCGUCGCUCGCUCAGGAUGUGCACACACAGCAAUGCAGCGGUCAACAGACAAAAAUCCUUGUCAAUCCCUCCGGCUCUACCGCGACCAUCCUGCAGAGUGUCCUGGAUUCGACGCUCUUCCCACUUCUUGGUCCGCUAUCCAAACUCAUGUCGCGUGCACUCGCCAAAGCGGUCACAUCGCUGACGCCCGAACAAAUCUCCUCGCUGCUCCUCGGAACCGCCGAUGCAGCGCUCGAAACGCAGCUCGGCGACAUCGAGUUCUUCCCCCUGCUCAUCCGCAUGUCGCGCCUCUCGUCGCGUCUCGAAGCAGCGUGGUUGGCCAGCCCACUCGCAGGUGCCAAGGAGGAGGAGAUCGUCGAGUCGAGCAGACAGCUCACCAAGCAGCUCUGGACGACGUUCAAGACGGUGCUGUUCAGCUACACGAUGGUGUUUGACUCGAUGAUGGAUGCGUUGGUGGAUAUGUGCCCGAGUCCAACGCUAACGAUUCCACCUACGGUGGGUGCGGAAGCGGAAGCUCAGCAGAGUCGGAGGUGGCCGAGUGCAUCGACGUCGAAUUUGCCGCAGCCGUAUCUGCUGAUUGUGCAGCACGUGCUUGCUACCUACUCGCAUCUCUACUGGAUCACCAGCACGUUUGGUUCGGAUGGAUUCGACGUGUAUCGCAAGGUGUUCUACUCGGCGCUGGACGUCAUCGGUCGCGACGGCGAGGCGUGCAUCCAGCUGCUCGAGCUGAUCGCCCCUGUCCGCGUCGACCCCACCGAUCCCAGCACGAUCCUCGCCGACGCUCUCGAAAGCAACACGGCCAAACGCAGCUCCACCACGUACUUCCUCAACGUCGCCGAACAGCUCGUCGGCGUGCUACCCGACCAAGUGGUCGAACAGCUCGUCCUGCCCAUCUGCCGACCUUACUUGGAGAACACGCGGUUCAGCGACACCUUUGAAUCGGCGCACUCGGUGGUGCUCGCGCUGUACUCGAACCACAAACGCUGCAUUUUGAAUCUGGCACCGUUCUACGUGGAGCUGCUGAUCGCGAGCUAUCCGCAGAGGUUGACGGCGAUGCAGUUCGAGUAUGCCAUGUCGACGGUGGUGGGUGCGGUGAGUGAUAGGAGCGAUUCGGUGGCUUGGUGGGUGAUCACGAGGCUGGCGGAGGAGGUGGAUCGUGAGAGGUUGAGCGAGGGUGGUGCAGGUGAAGGGGACAGGGGGAAAAGUGUUCAGGCCGGUGGAUUUGUCGAGUCGAGCGGGGUCACGAAGGGCGAACUGGAGGAUGCGUUGGUCAAGAGCGAUUCGACUCACCCCAGCGAUCGUGCAGCUGGCAGCAGCAACCAGGACAACGAUACCGAGCGAUCGCAGACAGGCUCAGAGGUGGACGCAUACGACCGGCUCACCCACCUGCAAAUGUGUCUCAUCGGUUGCAUCCCCAGCGUCAACCUGGUACUCCUCCGUUCGGCGCUCGCCAAAGUCGAAGCGUACAUCAUGCAGCACAAGCAGCGAGAAGCAUCUGGACUCGGCUCCAACGCCGCCGAGGUCGAUGAUGCCGAUCAGCAAACGGGAAGCAGCAGGAUAGCGCUGUGCCAGAAGACGUUCGAUGCGAUCCAGGCGCUGAACGCAGCAACACGGGAGGAGGGGUUGAGGUGGUGGUUGGACCACCGCGUUCAGUUUGGCGUGUGA